AUGGCAUCAAAAACCCAUCUCACGACCUCCCUCUACACCUCGCACUUUCUAUCCAUGUGGAACGCACGGGGCUUUGAAUUCGGUGCGAUUCUCUUCCUUGCCACCGUCUAUCCUGGAACGCUACUCCCCAUGUCGAUCUACGCACUACUUCGGGCAUUGGCAGCCAUUGCCCUCUCACCCACUCUCGGCCACAUGAUCGACUCGAGCGACCGGCUAUGGAUCAUCCGCCUGUCCAUAGUGAGUCAGCGAUUAGGGGUUGCCAUGUCAUGUCUGAUAUUUGCGCUGCUGUUCCGCCACAAAGCAGACCUAUCGCCUAUAUUCGUCACCGCCCUCCUGGGUCUUUUGGUCGUCCUGGCUUGUAUUGAGAAACUCGGCUCCAUCACCAACACCGUGUCCGUGGAGCGAGACUGGGUGGUCGUCAUUGCCGGUGCCGACGAAGCUUUUCUCCAGGCCCUCAAUGCGCAGAUGCGUCGCAUCGACCUGUUCUGCAAAUUGGUGGCUCCGUUGGCCAUCGCUCUGCUGCACGGCUGGUCCCCCGUCAUUGCCGUGUGGGCCACGUUGAUCACCAACGUUUUGUCGGUAGGAGCCGAAUAUUUCCUGAUCGCACGGGUAUUUCACAAAGUACCAGCACUAGGUGACCGGGCCGAUGAUCGGUCCAGGUCCAGGUCCACGCACACAGAACCCGACGACUCUAAUUCCAUCGAAAUGCAACAAGAACAGGAACAAGAACAACAACAACAACAACAUAUCACGCAGACUCCUUCUUCCUCUGUCAUUACGAAAUAUCUAUUACCCAUCAUCACCCCUCUGCGCAUCUAUAUGUCCCAACCGGCGUUCCUGCCAUCCCUCGCCCUCUCAGGACUCUAUUUGACCGUCCUCUCCUUCUCCGGACAAAUGACCACAUUCCUGCUCGCCAUCCCAGACCCCAAAAUCACAUCGACCAUGGUGGGGAUACUUCGAACCAUAUCGACCAUCUCAGAAAUCUCAUCGACCUUCGUGGCCCCCAGGGCCAUGGACAAAAUCGGUCCUGUGCGCGCGGGGAUCUGGUUCCUAUCAUGGCAGACACUAUGUUCCAGCAUUGCCGUGGGUCUGCUUUGGAUGACAACAGCAUCUUCUGGUCUCGGCAGCAACCGAAUCAUCCUGCCGCUAUUCAUCACCGGCGUCAUUCUCUCCCGAUUCGGUCUGUGGUCAUUUGAUCUGUGUGCCCAGCUGAUUAUCCAAGAGUCGAUCCUGCCAGCGUAUCGAGGCUCCUUUUCCGCCGUCGAGAUGUCGCUGCAGAACCUUUUCGAACUCUGUGCCUUUGCUACCACCAUCGCCUGGCCACGUCCGGAUCAGUUUCGAUAUCCUGCCCUUGUGUCGCUGGCUGCCCUGUACCUGUCUGCGGGGCUAUAUGCAAAAUUUGUCCGCGACCGGAGGGGGCAUCUAUUGCAUAUGCCUGCAUGUCUGAAAGGCGGGGAGCGACAUAGGGGUCAUGGUCAUGGUGGACACGGAUAUCAUGCUCUUCCAAUGGAUAUGGACACGCGUAGUCGAGGGGGGUCUCUUUCUCAGUGA